AUGCACUCUUUGGCGGACGAGGAGGACGAUACUGACAGUCAGGUCCUGCCGUUGCCUCCUCGAGUUAGCAGCCCUGACGGCCCAUGGCAGUUCGAGACUCCAGUGCAGUUCAUGGACCUUCCUGGGCACAUGGAUGCGGACUCGAGCAGGGAAGACUCGCUGGACAUGUCGUCCGCGCAGCAGCAUUUGAACCCGUUGGACGCGCUCGUCGCUCGGAUGGCGCUGCCGUCGUCGAGCAGGCGGCAGGAGGAAGGGGCUGACCUGCCCCUGACCGUGAGCGGGGGAGAGUUUGGAAGAGAAACGUCAGAUCCAGGAGAAGACUGGGGGGAACAAGAAUCAGACUCAACUCCUCUGCUCCCUCCAGCAGCCCCCCAGGCUGCUGCUACGAUUGUCUACGACCAGCACACGUCCGUCUCCUCUAGCGCUGGAAGGGAUGAAGGCGCGAGCGAAGAAAUUCUUCCCAUGCCCGCUGCUGCAAACCCGCGGGAGCAGGCGAAGCUGGAGGAGAGUGAGAGUUCUCCUCGCCUCUACUCUCGUCCUCCUGCCCUCCCCGACAGCAUCAGGCUGCCUGCGGAGGCGACGGACGGGGCAAGAUCCGAGAUGAUUCCACCGUCCUCGCCAGAAUCGGCUCCGCCCUUGCAGGACGACAACUUUGACAUUCCCCUCCUGCACUCCAAGUCCUCGUCCAGGAACACGAUCGAAGUUGGAAAUCAAGUCAUCGUCUCCAACCUCCCUCCCAACUUCUCCAGGCACGUGCGAGGGCCCUGGGGUCUUGUCGCGAUCGAGAAGAGCGACGACGGGCUGGUCACUAAGUACUGGAUUAAACUCCCCGACGAGAUCCGAGAGCUGCCGAUCCGAGUCUCGCUGGAGAGUCUGACCAAGAAGCAUGCUUUCAUGGAGAGGCAGCUUUCUACCGGUGGCAGCAGCAGCGUCUCUCCUCGGCGCAGCACCAGCGCGCUCAUGAGCGGAGUAGCGACGAAGCAGAUCGUGAGCGACGGAGAGAACUUGCCGUCGGCGUCAGCAGGGAAGAAGACCUUCGAGGAGCUGAUGCAGGACUUCAACCCCCACCUGCUCGACCCUAUCGAGGAGGUCGACGAGGAAGAGUACCAGGAGAAGAAGGAGGUGGACGACGAUAGCGACCUGGUCGAGUGGGACCCGAAGAACCGCAAGCUGUGGGAGCGGAAGAUCAACAAGCGGCAGGCGGACAUGGCGAAGAUCUCCAACCUUGUGCGCUCCAUGGGGCGAUCGGACCUGCAGGUGCUGCAGGUGACGACGGAGAAGAAGAUGACGGCGCAAGAGAGGCUCGAGGCCGAGAAGCUGCGCAUGGCGGAGGAGAAGCGGAUCGCCAAAGAGGAGGCGCGGGCGAGGAGGCGGGAGGGCCCUCAGUCGCUGAUCCCUGGUGUGGUUGAGAAUCCCGAGGAAAGUGCCUUCACUAUGCUCAUGAUCGUCGUGACUGUCUUUUCCUUGUGGGGUACCGACAUCUACGCCAUGGCGGAUGUGUCUAAGGAGAGUGACCCUUCGUUCUACACCAUCGUCCUGCUCUGCUUCUGCCUCUUCAGCUUGGAGUUCAUCUUCUACACGCUCUUCAAGCCGGGCUACUGCUUCUCCUUCUUCUUCUACCUUGACUUCAUCUCCACCAUCUCCCUCGCCCCUGACUUCCUUCUCCUCUGGGACAUCAGCCUCUUUGGAGGAGGCCAGGGGGGGAGCGCGACCGUUGCUCGAGCCGGGCGAGCGGCGCGAGCAGGGACGAGAGCAGCGCGUAUCGUCCGAAUCUUCAAGGCCCUGACGCUCAUCAAGAAGAAAUCAAGGACACAGCAAGAGGGGUCGAAAGUCGGCCAGCUGAUCAACGACGGGAUCCAACGGAAGAUCAUCGUCAUCAUCGCCACCAUGCUCAUCGUUGGGGAGCUACUCCUCCUCAUCCAGACUGCGUCUGAGUUCCAGUCCUCCGAGUGCACAUUCCAAGACGAGCUCUCUCGCCUCGACUACCUCCUCACCGUCGCAGACAACAAUGUCAGCGCAGAGCCGUUCGCUACCGCCUCCCUCCGCUUCCUCCAGAAGUACAACUGCCUUGACCAGCCCGAGGUCAACUCCACCUGCCUCCCCGGCUGCCCGCCCAUUGACCGGACGACGCUGGGAACCCGGCAAGAAACCAUCGGCUGCACCUUCCGGUAUCUGCGAGUGAAUGGCAUUGACGUGUGGGGCUACGGCCCUUCCCAGAGGACUUGGAUGUACGACCUACGAGGGUACCCGGCCGAGCAGCUCAUCGAGAUCUUCAACGGCAGUCAAACUUGUCAAGGUACCUACCCCUGGGGCACUGAGUUCAACCAGAGCGUCCGGCUUGACCCCAACUCGACCUUCUCCCGCUGGUUUCCCGACAUCGCAGCAUGGCGGCUCGGGUUCGGGACCCUCUACGGGGGCGCGUGCGACAGCUACCCCUGCUCCUCCCUGGCGGACGCGGACCCCUGUACCAUGCUCGUUCUAAAGACCACCAAGGACUCCAAGAGCCAAGCGAUGCAGAGCUGCUCGACGGUGAUCUUCGUGACCUUUUUGCUGGGCUUCGCCACCUUCAACUUCGGGCAGCUGACCAACAAGCUGGUGAUCGUGCCGCUGGAGACCAUGACGGCGAUGGUGCGAGGGCUUAUGGCAGACCCGAUGGCGAGGAUGAACGCAGAGACGGAGAUCAUAGACGGGGACGCAGAGACGAAGUCGAUCGCAGCAGCUCUGAUCAAGUUGUCCACGAUGCUUCAGAUUGCCUUUGGAGAGGCUGGCUCCACCAUCAUCACCGAGAAUCUCAACAGCGGCAAGGACGUGAACGCUCUGAUCCCAGGCAAGCGCAUCCAGGGCGUCUGGGGCUUCUGCGACAUCCGAUCCUUCACUGACUGCACGGAGUGUCUGCAAGAGGACGUGAUGAUCUUCGUCAAUCGCGUCGCUGACUUUGUGCAUCGCUCGGUCUCCGAGAACGAGGGCGCUCCCAACAAAACGUCGGCGACGCCUUCCAGCUCGCGUGGCGCCUGCCGGAGCGCCGGACGGUCGGCCAGAAUCGUCUUCGAGACCUCGACCUGCCCAGCUCUCCUUCGCCUGACCUCCAACGAGAAGCUUCAGGCAAGGAUCCCCAACUACACCAUCACCUUCGGCUUCGGGCUGCAUGCUGGCUGGGCCAUCGAGGGAGCCAUCGGCUCAGCUCUCAAGAUCGACCCGACUUACCUCUCCCCCAACGUCAAGUGGUCGGAGAGGCUCGAGGCUGCAACGAAGAUCUACGGCGUUCUCGUGCUCAUGACCGACGCGUUCUGGGACCUCCUCUCCCCUCCUGUCCAGAAGCUCUGCCGCAAGGUCGACAAGAUCAAAGUUCCUGACAGUAAAACCCCCAUCGACCUCUUCACCUACGACACCAGAGCCUUCAGCCUCGACGACUACGACAUGAAUUUCCUCGAAUCCUCUGGCAACGACUUCUGGGAGACUUUCCCUCCCAUCACCUCCGCCGACUGGCGCCGGCAGUUCGAGAAGGCCCUCGUCCCCUACUUCAAGGGGCAGUGGGACGUGGCAAAGGAGCUCAUGGAAGAAUGCAUGGAAGUCUAUCCCAACGACAAGCCAGGCAAGCUCGUCCUGCAGACCAUGGCAGAGCACAACUUCGUGUCUCCCGCAUCUUGGAAGGGCUACAGGGAGACUUCCGACAUCUGA